AGCAACAAGCCUCUGCUGCUCACCUUUCUCGCACUCCUAAUUCAAUUUCUUUGGCUUUAAUAAUCUUUUUUUUUUCCUUUUUUUUUUUUCUUUGUUUCUUUUCUUACCUCCAAAUGGGUAGCCUCAAUUUGAACCAUUCUCUGAAACCCGAUUCUGACAACUUGGAAAACCUUCUUGAUCCUGAAGAGUUCAGGAGGCAAGGCCAUAUGAUCAUCGACUUCAUUGCUGAUUACUACAAAACCAUUGAGAAAUACCCGGUUUUGAGCCAAGUUGAACCUGGUUAUCUCCGAAAACGAUUGCCAAAAUCCGCACCUUAUGACCCCGAACCAAUCGAAACCAUCCUCCAUGAUGUCCAAGAUCAUAUAGUUCCUGGUCUGACACACUGGCAAAGCCCUAACUACUUUGCAUUCUUCCCUUCAAGUGGAAGCAUCGCAGGGUUUCUCGGCGAGAUGCUCGCCACCGGAUUCAACGUCGUCGGCUUCAACUGGAUGUCGUCCCCAGCCGCGAGCGAGCUCGAAAGCAUAGUCAUGGAUUGGCUCGGAGAAAUGCUUAGGCUUCCCGAGUCUUUCCUUUUCUCCGGCGGAGGCGGUGGCGUUUUGCAAGGAACCACUUGCGAGGCCAUGCUUUGUACCCUAGUUGCUGCUAGGGAUCAAAUGCUGAGCAAAGUCGGGAGAGAAAAUAUCGGAAAUCUAGUCGUUUAUGCGUCGGACCAAACUCAUAGUGCAUUCAAGAAAGCUACACAGAUUGCCGGAAUUGACCAGAAGAAUUUCCGCGUCAUAAAGACCUCAAGAUCGACAUCGUUUUCUCUCCCUCCUGAUUUGCUAAGAUCCACUAUUUGCUCGGAUAUCAAAGCUGGUUUAUUCCCUACCUUUGUAUGUGCUACCAUGGGAACAACGUCAACCACUGCGGUUGAUCCAUUGGGACCCAUAUGUCAAGUGGCAAAAGAUUAUGGCAUGUGGGUUCAUGUCGAUGCUGCAUACGCAGGGAGUUGCUGUGUCUGUCCCGAGUUUCGACAUUUCAUCGAUGGCGUUGAAGGUGCGAACUCGUUCAGUUUCAAUGCACACAAAUGGUUCUUCACGACCCUUGACUGUUGCUGCCUAUGGUUGAAAGAUCCAAGCGCCUUGAUCAAAUCACUCUCGACCAACCCCGAGUUUUUAAGAAACAAAGCCACCGAUUCGAAAGAAGUGGUUGACUACAAAGACUGGCAAAUUGCACUCAGCCGAAGGUUCAGAGCCUUAAAACUCUGGCUCGUGCUGAGAAGCUACGGAGUUGAGAAACUCAGGAACAUGCUCAAAAGCCAUGUUGAAAUGGCCAAGACUUUCGAAGGGCUCGUAGCCGCCGACAAAAGGUUCGAGACUGUUCAUCCUAGGAAUUUCGCGCUGGUCUGUUUUAGAAUCUCUCCCACAGCGAUCGAUAAGAACAAGCUGAGCCAGAACCGUGGAGCACAUUUUGAUGAUGAUGAUCAGGAUCAUGAUCAUGAAUGUAUAAACGACGUUAACCACAAGUUAUUGGAGUCCAUCAACGCGUCUGGUUCUAUAUAUAUGACGCACACGGUGGUUGAUGGAAUAUUUUUGCUCCGAUUCGCAGUUGGUGCAACCCUGACCGAAGAAUCACAUAUUUUCAUGGCUUGGAAGGUGAUAAAACAACAUGCAGAAGAUAUUCUUAAGGAUUAUGUCUGAAUAUGGAAAUUAUUGCUAAGGUACUGAGAAUUUCCCACUAUGAUAAGCACGUGCGAUACAUAUCUACUAUAUAAAGGAGAAUAUAUAUAUAUAUACAUAUAUAUAUAGAUUGUGCACCUAAGGUUAUAAAUUGAAAAAGAGAGAGAAAAUUAAAAAAAAAGAAACAACAACAACAAAAGAAGUAUAUAUAUAUAUAUAUAUCCAGCUGCCUUAGGUUUGUGAGGGAGAUCAUAAAAUAAGUCUCCAUAAUUGAGCCAAAAAAAUUAUUGAAAUUUGUAAGCAAGUUGUUAAUUGUGAUUUUCUUUGCCUUCAUGUAAGUAAUUUAUAUUUUGUUUGUAAAAGUACCAUAAAGCUGCAAAUAAUUAAGUGUAUGCAUAUGUAUGA